UGCUGUCAGAUCCCCUGGAUAAGAAUGAGGGUCAAAGUGUGUAGCUGGAUCAUCCAGUUGGCGAGCAUUUGGUGUGGAGGCUGUUGCCAUGGUUCUAAGAAGGGAUGAGACUGGGAGGAAAUCAGCUCUGUCUGCAGCUGGCUAAAGGAGCAGUUACCCCGACCCUACACGCCUCCCCCCACCGCACCUCCUCCGCCCUGUUCCUGGGCCCCUCCCCUAGAGCCCUAGCUUGACCUGAGGUGCUUGCUGGUGGAGAGCACACCAUGGCCUCACCGUUGACCCGCUUUCUGUCGCUGAACCUGCUGCUGCUGGGUGAGUCGAUGAUCCUGGGGAGUGGAGAAGCUAAGCCACAGGCACCUGAAUUCCGAAUCUUGCCAAAGAAAAUGGACGCCGAACUUGGCCAGAAGGUGGAGCUGGUGUGUGAAGUGUUGGGGUCCAUUUCGCAAGGAUGCUCUUGGCUCUUCCAGAACUCCAGCUCCGAACUCCCCCAGCCCACCUUCCUCGUCUAUAUAGCUUCAUCCCACGACAAGAUAACGUGGAAGGAGGAGCUGAAACUGUUUUCUGCCAAGAGGGACACGAAUAAGUACGUCCUCACCCUGAACAAGUUCAGCAAGGAAAACGAAGGCUACUACUUCUGCUCGGUCAUCAGCAACUCGGUGAUGUACUUCAGUUCUCUCGUGCAAGUCUUUCAGAAAGUGAACUCUACUACUACCAAGCCAGUGCUGCGAACUCCCACACCUGUGCCCCCUACCCGGACAUCUCAGCCCCAGAGACCAGAAGAUUGUCGGCCCCGCGGCUCAGUGAAGGGGAUCGGAUUGGACUUCGCCUGUGAUAUUUACAUCUGGGCACCCUUGGCCGGAAUCUGCGUGGCCCUUCUGCUGUCCUUGAUCACCACUCUCAUCUGCUACCACAGGAGCCGAAAGCGUGUUUGCAAAUGUCCCAGGCCGCUAGUCAGACAGGAAGGCAAACCCAGACCUUCAGAGAAAAUUGUGUAAAAUGGCACCGCCAGGAAGCUACAACUACUACAUGACUUCAGAGAUCUCUUCUUGCAAGAGGCCAGGCCCUCCUUUUUCAGGUUUCUUGAUGUCUUAUGUAUUGCCCUCUGUAUUGUUUUAGUAGGGGUGUGAUGGGGACAGUUUCUUUUUCUUUAUGAAUUCUCUUUGACACAAAGCAUACUUGUAUGCAUACAAUGGGGGUAAUGAGCAGACUGUAACACCAGAGCUAGUUCCAGUUUCGGGGUCCAUGUCGCUGGUGGCCUCAGCACCCACUUGAUAUAAAUCUCCUGUCUGCCCAUCAUAUAGAAGAAGCUGAAGAUCAGAGGUGGGAAACAGCAGGAUCUGUAGACCCGGAGAGAACCCAAGCUAGAGGGACCCUCACUAACUGGGGCAGGGAUCUCACCCCCAUCCCCUGAGCUCUCUCUUUAGUAUAGCAUGCUUGUGCCUCAAACUGCAAGGAAGCAAGUGGUAUGAACCUGUGAUCUGCUCAGCUCUGGCUGUGAGCAUCAGAUGUAACAAAUUGAAGUCAGGAGAACUGCCCUUAGCAGUGCACCUGGACAUCAGAGCCCCUUGUAAGGAACUGGGAAAUUGCUGGCAGUCUAGUGGAGCGGUACAAUAAAUCUGGAAAACAGUCCCCCCUGUCACUGAAGACUGUAGUAGAAUCCAAUUAAAACUAUUCAAACCAC